AUGGCAAGCAUAUUGAAUGGAAUACCUACAACAUAAUCAUACUUUAUAUAAACACUUCCUAGAUAAAAGAGUUCUUUCCAAUCAAUAAAACAAAAAAUUUAAAAUAAAGUAAUGUAAAAUGAUAAGUAAUCUACACUUCACAAAAUAUUGUAAAAUUACAAGAAAUAAUCUCAAUUAUAUGUAACACCAGCAAAAAAACCAACAGAAACAAUUGGAAAGACUAAGACUGCAAAAAAAGAAAAAAAAUAAUUGUCAAUAAAUCCUUAAUCUAGAACAACAUCAAAUUUGAAUAGAAAAUAUUCUCAUGUUAGUACGAUAACCAUAAAAAUUACAUCAUUUGAUUCUGAUUCUGAUAUCAAAUCAAUAGUUUAAUAGGAACCAAAAAUAUAUGAAGUUUAGCUUGAUUAAUUUGAUUGA